AUCACGCUCCUGGUGGCUUCUUCCAGCUUGGCACUUUCCUACAGAGCCAUCCUUGUGGACAAACUUUGAUGGGGAAUUUCACACAGCGCUGGAAAAAUGCCGGUUAUGAAAGGAUUACUGGCGCCACAGAACACCUUCCUGGACACUAUUGCCACCCGUUUCGACGGAACACAUAGCAACUUCAUCCUGGCCAACGCCCAAGUGGCAAAGGGUUUCCCCAUAGUCUACUGUUCAGAUGGCUUCUGUGAGCUGGCUGGGUUUGCACGAACUGAAGUCAUGCAGAAGAGUUGCAGCUGCAAGUUUUUGUUUGGGAUGGAGACCAACGAGCAGCUGAUGCUUCAAAUAGAAAAGUCCCUGGAGGAGAAAGUAGAGUUCAAAGGAGAAAUUAUGUUCUACAAGAAGAAUGGGGCUCCAUUUUGGUGCCUAUUGGAUAUUGUUCCUAUAAAGAAUGAGAAAGGAGAUGUAGUCCUUUUCCUGGCCUCAUUCAAAGAUAUAACAGACACGAAAGUGAAGAUUACUUCCGAAGAAAAAAAAGAAGACAGAGCCAAAGGAAGAUCAAGAGCAGGGAGCCACUUUGACUCAGCCCGGAGACGGAGCCGAGCUGUCCUUUAUCACAUCUCAGGACACCUGCAAAGACGAGAGAAGAACAAAUUGAAAAUAAAUAAUAACGUGUUUGUAGAUAAACCAGCAUUUCCGGAGUAUAAGGUUUCUGAUGCAAAAAAGUCCAAGUUCAUCCUGCUGCAUUUCAGCACUUUCAAGGCUGGCUGGGACUGGCUCAUUUUGCUGGCAACGUUUUAUGUUGCUGUGACAGUCCCUUACAAUGUAUGUUUCAUUGGCAAUGAGGAGCUGUCCACAACUCGGAGCACAACGGUCAGUGACAUUGCAGUGGAGAUUCUUUUCAUUAUAGAUAUUAUUCUAAAUUUCCGAACAACUUAUGUCAGCAAGUCUGGCCAAGUUAUCUUUGAAGCGAGAUCCAUUUGCAUUCACUACGUCACCACCUGGUUCAUCAUUGAUCUGAUUGCUGCCUUGCCCUUUGACCUCCUGUAUGCUUUCAAUGUCACAGUGGUGUCCCUUGUUCAUCUCCUGAAGACUGUCCGGCUGCUGCGUCUUUUGCGCCUCCUGCAGAAGCUGGACCGAUAUUCUCAGCACAGUACAAUCGUCCUCACCCUGCUCAUGUCCAUGUUUGCUCUCCUUGCACACUGGAUGGCAUGUAUCUGGUAUGUCAUUGGAAAAAUGGAGAGGGAGGAGAACAGCCUUCUCAAGUGGGAAGUCGGUUGGCUUCAUGAGCUGGGAAAGAGACUGGAAUCUCCAUAUUACGGCAACAACACGCUGGGGGGCCCGUCCAUCCGAAGUGCCUAUAUUGCAGCCCUGUACUUCACUCUGAGCAGCCUAACUAGCGUCGGGUUUGGGAACGUGUCUGCUAACACAGACGCAGAGAAGAUCUUCUCCAUCUGCACCAUGCUGAUUGGAGCCCUGAUGCAUGCCUUAGUAUUUGGGAACGUGACUGCCAUCAUACAGAGAAUGUACUCUAGAUGGAGCCUGUACCACACUAGAACCAAGGACCUGAAGGACUUCAUCCGUGUGCACCACCUGCCCCAGCAACUCAAGCAGAGGAUGCUCGAGUACUUUCAGACAACUUGGUCAGUCAACAAUGGGAUAGAUUCAAAUGAGCUUUUAAAAGACUUUCCGGAUGAGCUGCGCUCUGACAUCACAAUGCAUCUGAACAAGGAGAUCUUACAGCUGUCCCUGUUCGAAUGUGCCAGCCGGGGCUGCCUCAGGUCUUUGUCUCUCCAUAUUAAAACCUCCUUUUGUGCCCCGGGAGAGUAUCUGCUGCGCCAGGGGGAUGCUUUGCAGGCCAUCUACUUCGUGUGCUCAGGUUCUAUGGAAGUUCUUAAAGACAGCAUGGUGUUGGCUAUUCUAGGGAAGGGAGAUUUAAUUGGAGCAAAUUUAUCAAUUAAAGACCAAGUGAUCAAGACCAACGCUGACGUGAAGGCACUGACCUACUGUGAUCUUCAGUGCAUCAUCCUGAAAGGUCUCUUUGAGGUGCUGGGCCUUUACCCAGAGUACGCACACAAAUUCGUAGAAGACAUCCAACACGACCUCACUUACAACCUUCGAGAAGGUCAUGAGAGCGAUGUAAUAUCAAGAUUAUCGAACAAAUCUACUGUCUCACAGGCAGAGCCCAAGGGGAACGGAAGCAUCAACAAGAGACUCCCAUCCAUUGUGGAAGAUGAGGAAGAAGAAGAGGUGGAGGAAGAGGAGACUACCUCCCUUUCUCCUAUCUACACAAGGGGAUCCUCUGUCUCCCAUAGCAAAAAGACUGGAAGCAACAAGAGCUACCUAGGUUUGAGCUUAAAGCAACUGGCCUCAGGAACAGUACCAUUCCACUCACCUAUCAGAGUCUCCAGUGCCAACGCCCCUAAAACCAAGCAGGAGGCUGACCCACUUAACCAUGGCAGAAAGAAAGAGAAGAACCUGAAAGUGCAGCUUUCCAGCCUGGGUAUUGCUGGGACCCCAGAGCUUAGUCCGAGGAUUGUGGAUGGAAUUGAAGAUGGCAACAGCAGUGAGGAAACUCAGACUUUUGACUUUGGUUCUGAACAGAUCAGGCCAGAGCCCAGGAUCUCCCCUCCCCUUGCAGAGUCAGAGAUUGGAGCUGCGUUUCUGUUCAUCAAGGCUGAAGAAACCAAGCAGCAGAUAAACAAGCUCAACAGUGAGGUCACAACAUUGACUCAGGAGGUUUCCCAGCUAGGGAAAGAUAUGAGAAGCAUCAUGCAACUUCUGGAAAACAUCUUGUCACCUCAGCAGCCAUCCCAGUUUUGUUCUCUACAUCCCACCCCAAUGUGUCCUUCCAGAGAAAGUUUACAAACUAGGGUGAGUUGGAGUGCUCACCAGCCUUGCCUACAUUUGCAGGCAGGUGGAGCACAUCUUUACCAUGGUAAUGUCACCUCUGGUAUCUGGAGUGUCGAUCCAUCCUUGGUGGGCAGCAGCCCUCAACAAACUGAAGCUCACGAGCAAAACCCAGCCGACCGUGAACUUCAUCAUUCUCCAAACCUGGAUUAUUCUCCCUCCCACUGCCAGGUUAUCCAAGAAGGCCAUUUGCAGUUCCUGAGGUGCAUCUCCCCCCAUUCAGAUACCACACUGACACCUUUGCAGUCCAUCUCGGCCACUCUCUCAUCUUCUGUGUGCUCCUCAUCAGAAACAUCCUUGCACCUGGUUCUCCCAAGUAGGUCAGAGGAGGGCAGCAUCACUCACGGACCUGUGAGUUCUUUCAGCUUGGAAAACUUACCAGGCUCUUGGGACCGAGAAGGAAUGAUGUCAGCCUCUACAGAACCCUUGGAGAACUUUCCAGAAGUUGUCACAAGCACAGCGGAUAUAAAGGACAGCAAAGCCAUAAACGUAUAAUAUCAGCACACAAGGGCCGCCGCUUUCAAUGCCAAACCCACUGCUGCAUGACAGCUCUAGUUUGCCUUUGUGGCUUCUAGCAGGUGUGGAGCCUGAGCAAAGUUAGGAAUUCUGCAGGAAAGAGGGCAAGGGGCCAGGAAAAGACAGAACCACCUCUAUACUGUAGCAAACAAUUUCUAGAUUGUAGAAGCAAGCCUUUUCUGUAUAGGUAUUAACUUACUGGUCUGAUUGACAGACUUUGGUAACCAUCCAAGGACCCAGAGGGUCUGAGCAGAUAGAAACCCCAGACAAAGAGUUUGGGGAUUAGUUUUGUCAUAAGUAGUUUUUGUGAAGUGCAGCAAAGGUUUUUCCUGAGUGCCUGAUUGUCAUUCCUGAACAAUAUCCAUAGCACUGUUGGCCUCGGGAGUGCAUGGCUCCCGCUGAUCUAUUUUCCUUUCUGUGAAGGCAGAGGAACAAUUAUCACUGCAUGUCAUCUCCUAGACAAUCAGUCAAAUAGAGCUGGUGGCCAGUGGUUAGCUAUCCGCACGUUACUUGCCAUGUAAAUGAAAAUGUCUUUAUUUAUCGAAAAAAGAAGCUAUUUUUAUAUCCUUGGUAUGAAAUAUGUAUUUAAACUACUUAAACUAUUUAUAAAGAAAUGAACAUUUUCUUUUCAUUUUGGUAAAAAAAAAAAAAGCUUGCUGUUUUAACAAAAAAUACAUUACUGUUAGGUAUAGUAAAUCAAAAAUUAUGUAUCGUCUAGAGGUUGUAGUUUUGAAAGGAAUCCCCUUUUAUCUGCAUGCAGUUUGCAAAACAGGAAAAAAAAUGUACAUGUACCCUCACACUUCUGGGAUACAAAAGGACAGUGGGGUUAUAUUUUAUCAAUGAAAUAAAAACAUGGACUCGAUGCAAACUCCUUGA